AUGUCGAAAGAAACAUUUGCAUUUAAUGCCGAUAUAAGGCAAUUAAUGAGCUUGAUCAUUAAUACUUUUUAUAGUAAUAAGGAAAUUUUUUUAAGAGAACUUAUUAGCAAUGCUAGUGAUGCUCUUGAUAAAAUUAGAUAUGAAGCUAUAACAGAUCCACAAAAAUUAUCUGCAGAACCCGAAUUUUUUAUUAGAAUUAUUCCAGAUAAAACUAAUAACACUUUAACUAUUGAAGAUUCUGGUAUUGGUAUGACAAAAAAUGAUUUAAUUAACAAUUUGGGUACUAUUGCUAGAUCAGGAACUAAAGCUUUUAUGGAAGCCAUUCAAGCUAGUGGAGAUAUUUCUAUGAUUGGACAAUUUGGUGUAGGUUUUUAUUCAGCCUAUUUAGUUGCUGAUCAUGUUGUAGUUAUUUCAAAAAAUAACGACGAUGAACAAUAUGUUUGGGAAUCAGCAGCUGGUGGAUCAUUCACAGUUACGAAAGAUGAAACUAAUGAAAAGAUAGGAAGAGGAACUAAAAUAAUUUUACACUUAAAAGAUGAUCAAUUAGAAUAUUUGGAAGAAAAAAGAAUUAAAGAUUUAGUUAAAAAACAUUCUGAAUUUAUCUCCUUCCCAAUUAAAUUGUACUGUGAAAGGCAAAACGAAAAGGAAAUAACUGCAUCUGAAGAGGAAGAAGAUGGAGAAAAGAAAAAAGAUGAAAAUGAAGAAGAUAAAGAGAAAAAAGAAGAAACAGAAGAAGAUAAAGAAAAAAAAGAAGAUAAUGAAGAAGAUAAGACUGAUCAUCCAAAAGUAGAAGAUGUUACUGAAGAAUUAGAAAAAGCAGAAAAAAAAAAAAAAGAAAAAAAAAAAAAAAAAGUACAUACAGUUGAACAUGAAUGGGAAGAAUUAAAUAAACAAAAACCAUUAUGGAUGAGAAAACCAGAAGAAGUUACCAACGAAGAAUAUGCAAGCUUUUAUAAAUCCUUAACAAAUGAUUGGGAAGAUCAUUUAGCUGUCAAACAUUUUUCUGUAGAAGGUCAAUUAGAAUUUAAAGCUUUGUUAUUCAUUCCCAAAAGAGCUCCUUUUGAUAUGUUUGAAAAUAGAAAAAAAAGAAAUAAUAUUAAAUUAUAUGUUAGAAGAGUUUUUAUUAUGGACGAUUGCGAAGAAAUUAUUCCUGAAUGGCUUAACUUUAUUAAGGGUGUUGUUGAUUCUGAAGAUUUACCACUUAAUAUUUCAAGAGAAUCAUUGCAACAAAAUAAAAUUUUAAAAGUUAUUAAAAAAAAUCUUAUUAAGAAAUGUUUAGAUAUGUUCACAGAAUUAGCAGAAAAUAAAGAAAAUUAUAAGAAGUUUUAUGAACAAUUCAGUAAAAAUCUUAAAUUAGGAAUUCAUGAAGAUAAUGCAAACAGAGCAAAGAUCACUGAAUUACUUAGAUUCCAAACAUCAAAAUCAGGUGAUGAAACAAUUGGAUUAAAAGAAUAUGUAGAUAGAAUGAAGGAAAAUCAAAAAGAUAUCUAUUACAUAACAGGAGAAUCUAUUACUGCAGUAGCUAAUUCACCAUUUUUAGAAGCUUUAACUAAAAAAGGUUAUGAAGUUAUUUAUAUGGUUGACCCAAUUGAUGAAUAUGCAGUACAACAAUUAAAAGAUUUUGAUGGUAAGAAAUUGAAAUGUUGUACAAAAGAAGGAUUAGAUAUUGAUGAUACAGAAGAAGCAAAGAAGGAUUUUGAAACAUUGAAAGCAGAAUAUGAAGGAUUAUGUAAAGUAAUUAAAGAUGUAUUACAUGAAAAAGUAGAAAAGGUUGUUGUUGGCCAAAGAAUAACAGAUUCUCCAUGUGUUUUAGUUACAUCUGAAUUUGGAUGGUCAGCAAAUAUGGAAAGAAUUAUGAAAGCACAAGCAUUAAGAGAUAAUUCUAUGACUAGUUACAUGUUGUCUAAAAAAAUUAUGGAAAUUAAUGCUCGUCAUCCAAUUAUCUCUGCUUUAAAACAAAAAGCUGAUGCAGAUAAAUCAGACAAAACUGUGAAAGAUUUAAUAUGGUUAUUGUUUGAUACUUCAUUAUUAACUUCUGGUUUUGCUCUUGAAGAACCAACUAUAUUCUCAAAGAGAAUACACAGAAUGAUUAAAUUAGGAUUGUCAAUUGAUGAAGAAGAGAACAAUGAUAUUGAAUUACCACCACUUGAAGAAACUGUUGAAGGAACUGAUUCAAAAAUGGAAGAAGUUGACUAA